AGCAUUCGGCAGACCGCAAGUCAAGGUUGCACAGUGUAUGCAGCCAGGGGUAGCAGCCACUUCAGGAUCUGGGUCUGGAUUUGUGCUGAGAACCACUAUGACCUUUUAAAGCCAGUGAGGAGGUUUUCUGGGGGCCCAGAAGCCCUGAGCCCAUUGGCCAGACCUCCUGGGAGAAGCGGAGCGGAUUUGCAUCAAAAAGAACACUGGCUUCAUUGAAAUUCUCCUCAUCUUGAGAGAAACAAAACCACAAAGAAAAGGAAAGUUUUAAUUCUGAGAAACUUCACUGAGGAGCAAUUUUUUUUUGAGCUUCUAAAAAUAGAGAGGAAAUGAGCCUCUUUGGGUCACUCUAGUUGCUGCCUCCCCUGCCCCAUGCCCACCCCCACUGCUCACUCAAGGCCAGCCUCUCACAGUGGGUGACUGAGCUGUCUUCAGUGGAAGCCCGAGGCAGAUGCCACGCAAUUCUGGAGCUGGAUACGGCCGCCCACACGGGGACCCCAGCAUGCUGGACAGCAGAGAGACCCCACAGGAGAGCCGGCAGGACAUGACUGUGAGGACCACCCAAGAAAAAUGGAAAACCAGCUCACUGACUGACAGGCAGCCACUCUCCAAAGAGUCCCUGAACCAUGCUCUCGAGCUCUCAGUGCCAGAGAAGGUGAAUAAUGCCCAGUGGGAUGCUCCAGAGGAGGCGCUGUGGACGACUCGGGCCGAUGGGCGGGUGCGCCUGCGCAUAGACCCCAGCUGCCCACAGCUUCCCUACACUGUGCAUCGCAUGUUCUACGAGGCCCUGGAUAAGUAUGGGGACCUCAGCGCUUUGGGCUUCAAGCGCCAGGACAAGUGGGAACACAUCUCCUACUCCCAAUACUACCUGCUCGCCCGCAGAGCCGCCAAGGGCUUCCUGAAGCUCGGCCUGAAGCAGGCCCACGGUGUGGCCAUCCUCGGCUUCAACUCCCCGGAGUGGUUCUUCUCGGCAGUGGGCACAGUAUUUGCAGGUGGCAUCGUCACUGGCAUUUACACCACCAGCUCCCCCGAGGCUUGCCAGUACAUUGCUUAUGACUGCUGCGCCAAUGUCAUCGUGGUCGACACGCAGAAGCAGCUGGAAAAGAUCCUGAAGAUCUGGAAACAGUUGCCACAUCUAAAGGCAGUCGUGAUAUAUAAAGAACCUCCUCCAAACAAGAUGGCCAAUGUGUACACGAUGGAGGAAUUCAUGGAGCUGGGGAAUGAAGUGCCUGAGGAAGCCCUGGACGCCAUCAUUGACACCCAGCAGCCCAACCAGUGCUGUGUGCUAGUCUACACUUCCGGCACCACUGGGAACCCCAAGGGCGUGAUGCUGAGUCAAGACAAUAUCACGUGGACGGCACGGUACGGCAGCCAGGCUGGUGACAUCCAGCCGGCAGAAGUCCAGCAGGAGGUGGUAGUCAGCUACCUGCCCCUCAGCCACAUUGCCGCCCAGAUCUACGACCUGUGGACAGGCAUCCAGUGGGGGGCCCAGGUCUGCUUUGCCGAACCUGACGCCCUGAAGGGGAGCCUGGUGAACACGCUGCGGGAGGUGGAGCCCACAUCACACAUGGGGGUGCCCCGGGUGUGGGAGAAGAUCAUGGAGCGCAUCCAGGAGGUGGCAGCUCAGUCUGGCUUCAUCCGGCGCAAGAUGCUGCUGUGGGCCAUGUCAGUGACCUUGGAGCAGAAUCUCACCUGCCCUGGCAGCGACCUGAAGCCCUUCACAACCAGACUGGCAGAUUACCUGGUGCUAGCCAAGGUCCGCCAGGCACUGGGAUUUGCCAAGUGUCAGAAGAACUUCUAUGGAGCGGCCCCCAUGACGGCAGAGACACAGCACUUCUUCCUGGGUCUCAAUAUCCGCUUGUAUGCGGGCUACGGCCUCAGUGAGACCUCAGGCCCCCACUUCAUGUCCAGUCCCUACAACUACCGGCUGUACAGCUCAGGCAAGGUGGUGCCCGGCUGUCGGGUGAAGCUGGUGAACCAGGACGCAGAGGGCAUUGGCGAGAUCUGCCUGUGGGGCCGCACCAUCUUCAUGGGCUACCUGAACAUGGAGGACAAGACUUGUGAGGCCAUCGACGAGGAAGGCUGGCUGCACACGGGCGAUGCUGGCCGCCUGGACGCCGAUGGCUUCCUCUACAUCACUGGGCGCCUCAAAGAAUUGAUCAUCACAGCUGGUGGGGAGAAUGUGCCCCCUGUGCCCAUCGAGGAGGCUGUGAAGAUGGAGCUGCCCAUCAUCAGCAACGCCAUGCUCAUUGGGGACCAGAGGAAGUUCCUGUCCAUGCUGCUCACCUUGAAGUGCACUCUGGACCCAGACACCUCUGACCCGACUGAUAAUCUGACUGAACAAGCUGUGGAGUUCUGCCAGAGGGUGGGCAGCAGAGCCACCACAGUGUCCGAGAUCGUAGAGAAGAAGGAUGAGGCCGUGUACCAGGCCAUCGAAGAGGGGAUCCGGAGGGUCAACAUGAACGCGGCGGCCCGGCCCUACCACAUCCAGAAGUGGGCCAUUCUCGAGAGAGACUUCUCCAUUUCGGGUGGAGAGUUGGGUCCCACGAUGAAACUGAAACGGCUCACAGUUUUGGAGAAGUACAAAGGUAUCAUUGACUCCUUUUACCAAGAGCAAAAAAUGGAAUCAGGGCCUAUGCCUGCAGUUUCUAUAGAAUAGAGGGCAGGCGUUCCGAGCCUCUUCCUGAGCCCCAGGUCUCUUCAGUCUGGGCACAGGCAUUUCUGGCAAGUCUGUUAGAUCUCCAGGUCAGGGCACAGCACUGGCUCUACAUUUACCAGGUCUUACGCCAACAAUAGCUGACAAUUCCGAGAAGCUUCACGUGUGGGUAGUUUUAAUUCAGUUUAAGUAUUGCUUUUUGUUCAGGUGACAAAUGAGAUCAGCUCUCCUUCCAGAACGAAAGGGCUGAUAAUUUUUGGCCUUACUUCCAGGUAGAUUAAAAAGCUGCUAGCUCACAUACAGGACAGCCAGCAUCAGGCUGUGGAGGGGGUAGGAGAGAGAUGGCUGAUACUGCUCACAUGCGCUGCAGGAAAAGCAAUCAGUUACAAUUCACCUAGCGACCUGACUUACUCUGGAAUCUUGGCGGGCAUCGCCGACCCUAUUAUUCCAUUACCAGGCACUCCUCCGCCACACACAUGCCAACUGACUUGAUGCUUAAUAAAACUGCUGCUGCCUGAUUCUAUUUAAUGUAUAAUUUGAAUAUUAAACCUUUUAACAGAACUGUCAACAAGGACCUGAUUUUUUUUGUCAAUUGAGCAGGUGGGACCAGUGCAGAGAGUAGUGGGCAUUUAACUCACAGGACUGUGCACAGCAGGCAUGCGAGUGACCAUUAGUGCCCUGGAAUAAACAAAGGUGCAGGAUGGGGUCAAGUGGCGCAUUCUCAUAAAAGCAGCCAGCUCUACGUUAGCCUGUCACCACCAGACCACCCCGCUUCCACUCUGAAUACGGGAAGCAGCCAUUCUCAGUGCAAGCUGAGCCAAAAUGACCGAAGGCAUCUGAACAGGAAACAGGUGGAGAAAGCAAACAUCUCAGUUUUGGAAUUCUUUAUUACUUUGAACCCAAGAGCCACUGAUAACUGGCACAAUCCAAUGAAACAGAGGAAGCAGCAGCUUAAACAAAGGAAAAUACAUUUAAGAUUAUAAGUCUGGUGGGGGGGGGCGGUUACAAGCUUAAAAAGUGACCCAGACAGGGAUAUCAUUGCUAAAAAAAAAAAAUCCCCUUGUGACCUGGAUACAUUUUGCAAAGCCACAGGUUUGCAAUGUUACACAAGGGCCAAAGGAGGCCAUGAGUUGUCUUUGGUUGUGGGGACAGAGGGUAACUGUUCAUGAAAAUAGUGAGUGUCUGAAGAUUAAGAAAAUCAUGCUGCAGUAGAGGAGAAGGGAGAGGAAGACAGGAAGGGAAAGGAGAUGCCUGAGGGUCAAAAGCUGAGCCCAAGCCUAAGCCCAAGCUCAAGCUCAAGCCCAAGCCCCAGCAUGGCAUAAUUUUGUGAAUUAACUCAGGCUGAGUUGCCUCCAGUCUUUGGAAUGUCAUCUUAUACGGGUACUGCUGAGGCAGAGGGCAGUAAUUGGUGCUUUGGGAUAGGAGAAGGGGCAGUUGCUGAAAUACAAAAUUAAUAGCAUCCCAAGUUCCUCAAUUGCAGCCAAAAUACAUGUGUUCAGGCCUUUCGGCAGUAUCGCCCCCAGAACUACCUGCUGUAGUGUGGUCCAUUCCCAGACAGCAACAUGCAAGAAUAAGUUUACAAUACACUCAGCCCUUCUGGCUUAAGAUCAGGGGCUCAGAGGCUGUGACAACUCAUGAUGCUGAAAAUGUAUCCAGUGAAAACAAAGUACUAGCUCUCUGCUUCAUUAAAAGCUCUUGGAAAGAAUAUUAAAUCUCAAGACAACAAAAUAAUUGAACACACAAUACAUUUGUGUCUUUGUAUCCAAUAUAUUACCUUUGUCUUAUUAACAAAAAUUAUAUCUCUCAUUAUAUAUUUCUUGGAUCUGAAGUUUUUAUUCAUACUCAGUAAUUUCUGUAAAGGACAAAUCUGUCUCUAUUUUCCAUAUCAUUUAGAAAUAUACCACAUUCACUCUUUUUGAUGUGAACUUUCCCAGGAAAAUUCUCUUGUGCCCAUUUAGUUUUAGAAGAGUGUCAUUUUGUGCUAUUAUGUCAAUAUCCUGUUUUAUUUCCAUUAUGUUUUUCAAAAACCGAAGAAAAUAAGGCUUUUCUUAAAAAGUUAGACAUUUUCUCUUGUUAAUUCUGUAUCCUGUUAUUUACAGCUGAAGAGAAACUAUUUUAACUUAAGUGUAAAAUGGUUUAGAAUAGCAAAUGAUACAGUCCACUCAGAGUUUACAAAAAAAACAUUUACCAGGUAGACACUUAAUAAAUAAAACAAGCACUUGGAAAAAGUUCUUUGAAAACAGACCUAGGGACAUCCACCUGCAUCUUUUGCACAGAUUUUGUUAAGAAAAGGCCAGAUCUAAAAAUGUACUGUCAAGAAACAAGCAAACCAAUGCAUACGUACGUAGGUAUUCUAAACAGAGGUUCAUGUGGUGUCCAUUUAGAGUGACUGAUGUAAAUGCCAGUUGUAGAAGUGUUAAUCUAAAUCUUUUACUCGGAGACAGAUUUCCUCUGUGAAGUCUGAGCAUUUUGCAUUGCCUCCCAAAUCUUUUGUCAAGCUCUGAGAAAAGGAAAAAGCAAAAAUAAAAGAUGUAUCCGCAAACUAAACUAAACCAAGGAGAUUUUAAAGCCCUCAGUGAGAUGCCACCUGGGCAAGUUACUUGGCUGCUCUUUCAUUUAGUUCCUCAUUUCAAAGUGAGGAACCACUCCACCACCAUCUACCCAGCCCAGGAGGAUCGGGAUCCAAUCUCAUAGUGUAUACAACAGCACUCCGCAAAGAAUAAGGUGCUCUUGAUGCAAAGGGAGGCAGGGAGCUUUACCAAAAUUUUCCCUUUGUUCACACAAUAGACCCUAAUACAGAUUAGUUGGUCAUGGAUAUUUAAAUAAAAGCAAAUCUAAAUAAGUUUCAUAAAAAUCUUUGGGAAAUAUGUCUCAGGAAUAGACCUGAGACAUAUUUUGAUCUAUUUUUGUUUUUAUUAUUAUUAUUUUUUGAGAUGGAGUCUCACUCUGUUGCCCAGGCUGUAGUGCAGUGGCACGAUCCCAGCUCACCACAACCUCUGCCUCCUGGGUUCAAGUGAUUCUCCUGCCUCAGCCUCCUGAAUAGCUGAAAUUACAAGUGCAUGCCACCAUACCCAACUAAUUUUUGUAUCUGAUCUAUUUUUGGAGGCUGGGAAACAAAUACAAAAGAAAUAUUUAAAUCACUAACUCUUUUUUUUUUUUUUUUUAAGAGACGGGGGUCUCACUAUGUGGCCCAGGCUGGUCUUGAACUCAGAGGCUAAGGUGAUCCUCCUGCCUCAGCCUAUAGCUGCAACUACAGGCAUGCACCACCACACCUGCCUAAAUCAUUAACUCUUAAACCUCCCUCUUUAGGAAAGAAAGCCUCCCAUACAACCGAUCUGUUCUACCAGCUUAUCCUUUCUUUCCUGCAUACAGACCCCAAUAUAUUUAAUUCUCUUUAUCUUUCCAUCCUACACAAUAAAAGGGCCCACUAUGUAAUUCAGGCACCUCUCUACUGGGCUGUAGACUAUAACUUCCCAAAUAUAACUUUAAAGAAUAAGAAAAUCAUAUGACCUCCAAUGUGACUAUCAGGCUGUUAAAAACAAGCCUGAAUUUCUUGUAUUUUGGCCACACGAUAUAAUUUCAAAUUACAGAAUUUUUUUAAAAGAAGGGACCAACUUUGAAGAUAUUACGCUCAGUGAAAUAAGCCAGACUCAAAGGACAAAUACUGUAUGAUUCCACUUACAUGAGGUACCUAGAGUAGUCAAAUUCAUAGAGACAGGAAGCAGAAUGGCGGGUGUCAGAGGAUGGGAGGGGGAAGGGAAAGUUACUGUUUAACGGGUGCAGAGUCUCAGUUUGAGAAAAUGAAACUGGUCUGGAGAUGAUUGAUGGUGAUGGUUACAUUACAAUGUGAAUGUACUUAACAUUAUUGAACUGUAUACCUAAAUAUGGCUAAAAUGGCAAAUUUUAUGUUAUGCAUAUUUUUCACAAUUUUUGUUAAAAAGGACCUCAAAUUAGG